AUGGUUAAAACAGGCAACUUCUCUGACUUUUCUGCAGUAUCACGUCCUUUCAGAGCUCAUGUCGAUAUCGAAGACGUUGAGGUUGAGGGGAAUAUUCCGACCGAACUAGACGGUACUUUCUUCAGGGUGAUGCAGGAUCCCUACUACGAGAGAAACUACUAUCUCGAUGGGGCUAAGCAAAUCCCCUUUGACGGAGACGGGAAUAUAAGCGCCUUCAGAUUCAAGGAUGGGAAGGUUUCUUUCCAGCAGCGCUAUGUUAUGACGGAGCGCCUUGUCGCCGAGAGGAAAGCCGGCAGAGCUCUUUUCGGAAUGAACAAGAGCCCGUUCUCGCAUCAUCCAUGUGUUCGCGCCGUCCUGGACGCCGCAGCUAAUGUAAAUGUGCUCUUUCACGCAAACAAGUUACUGGCAGUUGGGGAGAAUGGACCAGCCUACGAGCUGGAUCCCAAUAGCCUACGCACUAUCGGCCACGAUGCAUUUCCCGGCCAGGUAGAUCCCAGGAAGCCAUUCACGGCGCACCCACACGUUGACCCUGAGACGGGCGAUUUGGUGGCCUUUGGGUACGAGAUGGAAGGGCUGGACAGUCCAGAGAUUGCGAUCUAUAUCAUUGACAAAGACGGCAAAGUCACAUACCGGCGCGACAUUGAGUUCCGACCCGUCGGCGGGAUGUUUCAUGACUGUGCUAUUACCCGCAACUACAUCGUCAUCACGCGGAUGCCUUUUGUGGUUGACCUGACUGACGUCGAGAAGCCAGGCAACCACCAGUGGUACUAUGACGAGACCUGUCCGGCUUACUUUGGACUAAUUCCUAGAGACAUGAAUCAACCAGUAAGGUGGUUCAGGUACCACAAUUCUAUGCCCAUCCAUACUGGAGCCUCGUGGGAGGACGAUGGCAAAGUGUAUUUUGACACAACACUCGCUUCGCACAACGCCUUGAGCUUCUUACCCUGCCGCCAGGGCCCUAACCCCGAACCGAAAGACAUUACGGUCAAUCACGUUAAAUUUUGCAUUGACCCGGAUAGCACAUCGGACGAGCUGCCCGACCCAGGCUACAGAACCCAGACGGAGAUCAUGAACGUGAACUCACAAGCUGUAGGCCGUAUCACCUGGCUUGCCUGCUUCGAUCCACGCAAAGAAGCUGGUCAAACGGUAUUCCAGGGCCUAGACGCACUGGCUCGUGUCGACUACCAGACCGGCAAUGUAGAGUAUUUUUCCCCGGGGCCGAACUGCUUAGUCCAGGAACCGGCGUUCAGCCCCCGGUAUCCCGGGGCCCCGGAAGGAGAUGGGUUCUUAAUUACAAUGGUGGACAAUAUAGCCAAUGGCCGGAAUGAAUUGAUCAUCCAGGAUACUCGCGAUUUCCAGAAGGCUGUUGCGAAGGUGAUCUUGCCGUUUAGACUUCGAUCUGCGGUUCAUGGCAACUGGGUUGACUCUGCAAGAAUUGGGGAUACUGACCAGUAUAAUGUGCAAGAAAUUCCAGACUUGUAUCCCUAUAUCCCGGUGGUGAAGGAUCUCAACGUUGGUAGUGCUAGCCGCCUAUAA